CCCCGUUCCUCGCGGCGGCGGCAGCGGCGGCGGCGGCGGCGGCGGCACGCGGAGAGGGACUGGGCCGGGCGGAAGAAGUCGAUCCCAAGGCAUUUCCGGUUCCGGUGUCAGUUCGAGGCGCCGCCGCCGCUGCAGCCGCCGAAGCCGAGAUGCCUAAAGGAGGUAGAAAGGGAGGCCACAAAGGCCGGGUGAGGCAGUAUACAAGCCCUGAGGAGAUCGAUGCCCAGUUACAGGCUGAGAAGCAGAAGGCCAACGAAGAAGAUGAACAAGAAGAAGGUGGAGAUGGCGCUUCGGGUGACCCCAAAAAGGAGAAGAAGUCUCUAGACUCAGAUGAGAGUGAGGAUGAAGAUGAUGACUACCAGCAAAAGCGAAAAGGCGUGGAAGGGCUCAUUGACAUUGAGAACCCCAACCGGGUGGCACAGACAACCAAAAAGGUCACACAACUGGAUCUGGAUGGGCCAAAGGAACUUUCAAGGAGAGAACGAGAAGAAAUCGAGAAGCAAAAAGCAAAAGAGCGCUACAUGAAGAUGCAUUUGGCUGGGAAGACAGAGCAGGCCAAGGCUGAUCUUGCCCGGCUGGCAAUCAUCCGGAAACAGCGGGAGGAGGCAGCAAGAAAGAAGGAAGAGGAGAGGAAAGCAAAAGAUGACGCAACUUUGUCAGGAAAACGAAUGCAGUCACUCUCCCUGAAUAAGUAAGCUGGCCUGUGGGAGGAGAUGCCGAGGAACUGGGCCAUGCCUCCAGGACCUCUGCCGUGUCUCACCCACCCUGUGCCCUGGCGCCGCUGCAGCAGCCCCUCAUGGCCAGGAGCCCCUAUGGCCUGGGGCCUCCUCUUCAUCUUGGCACAGAAAUCAUUCAGGGGGUGUGGGGGGGCUGGGGGGAGGGGCAGCUGCUAUCUUUGAGACAGAAAGAUGCAGGACAGCAUUUCAUACAUAACCAUUUGAAUGUUUUUGCUGUUUUUAGAAUUUGGAACCCUGGUUGGGGGCUGCCUGGGAAGUGGGGUAAAGAGAUUCCAUUUGUCCAGUAGAUUGCACGUUGGGGGUGGGGGGAUAGUGCCAGUAGGCAGCUGAUGUGGGAGUUGAUGACAACCAGCCCAGAUCGUUGUCUGGGUGCUCACUCAGAGGGGCUGUCAGGAAGCCUGUGCCCCUAAGGGUCCAAGGUUUGUGCCUGGCCAGUUCCGUCCAAUGAGGCCUCUCCUCUCUGACCUGCUCUGCCCCCUUCCCACCCACCUGGUCAGGGCUAGUGGCCAUUUUUAACCCUACCCAUUGAUCAUUUCAAGAAACCUCUGGUUACUGUGCAUCACCCAGACAAGACAUGCUCCUCAAAUUCAACUUGUAUAUUUGGCAGAUUAAACAACAUUAUCGUAA